CCAAUGAAUGAUAAUGACUCAUGCAGCACAUACGUUUGAAAUGAUAGAUGCAAACUUAAAUACAUAUAGUCUAAGGGCAUCUCAAACAAUGACACCAAAUUUGGUGUUGAAAUUAUACCCAAUUUAGUAUUUUGGUGUCAAUUCUUUUUUGUCAUCUCCAACAAUAACAUCAAUUCUUACACCAAAAGCAAUAUUAUAUAUUAUUUUAUAUUUUCAUUUUUAAAUUUUUUAUAUUUCUAUUAUUUGUAAUUGAUAAAUAAUAAUUAUGUUACAUCUAGAUUAUAUUUAUAUUUUGUUAUUUGUAAGUGAUAAAUAUUAUUUACUAAUUUAUGAAUAUAAUAAUAAAAUUAAAAUGAAAAUUAAAAUUUUAAUUAUAUGAAAAUAAAUUAAAAAUAAAAAUAAUAUAAUAUAAUAUUAUUUAUGAUUAAUUACAAAAUUUAUAGUAAUUGACCUAUAUUAUUAAACGAAACAUAUUAAAAUGUAUUUUAGAAAUUUUGUGUGAUGAAUAUUAUUACACCAAAUGUGAAAAUAAAUUUAAAAUAAAAUAAUACUAUAUUUUUAUGUUUAAUUACAAAUUUGAUAGUAAUUAAGCUAUAUUUUUAAAUGAAACAUAUUAAAAUAUCUAUUAUAAAGAUUUGGUGUGAUGAGUAGUGUUAUAUCAAAUUUAGUGUAAUACUAUUCAAAUUCCACCAAAUUUGGUGAGAUGAUGUCAAAUUUGGUGUCUUGUUGGAGAUGAAAUCCCACCAAAUUGGCAAAUUUGAUGUUUUGGUGUCUUGUUGGAGAUGACCUAAAUCAAAGUCAAAUAUUCAUAAUUUCCUUUCCUUGGCUUAAAUCAAUAUAGAAAAAUAUUUACUUUCAAACUUAUAUGACUUUUAGCUUGAAUGGGAAGUUUAUAUAAAUUUUCAUAUCUUAUUUGAACUGAGAUAAGUUCUUUACUUUAAUUUUUUCUUUUUUUUUUUAUAUAAUGAUUCAACCUUUAUUAAGUUAUAUCAUAUUGUAUUUAAAUAUCUUAUACUGAGUAUAUAAUUAUUUUUGAAAUAUUUAUUUUGACUUAAUUUUUAGGUAAGAGUUCAAGAAAGUUUUACUUAUUUUCUUGGCAAGAGUAAUAGGGUUAAGGAGAAAAGGAUAUAAAGGUCAAAAACAUAAAAGCAUCCCCCAGUCAAAACUCAAGUCCGAGUUAAAGCUGACCGACCCUUUGUCAUUAAUUCAAAUAUUCUCUUUCCUAUUUUUGUUCUCUCCUUAUAUGGAAAUAUAAUUUCGCCGACCCUCUUGAACCCUUAUUUAAGCUCCUCUCCUCUCUUGCCUCCUCAUCGCAAAUAUCGUCUUCUUUAACCUAAUCACACUAAAAUCUACCUCCUUUCAUAGAGGCUUGCCUUCUUUUAAAUUGAUGAAAGUAGUAGAUAUAACUUUAUAAUAAAUAAAAAAAACUCAGGACGUGUGUAGAUAUGGCUGCCGAAGGAGGUGCUCUUGAUGCUCGCAAAGCCUCUGAGGCCUUUGUGGAAAAGUACUAUCAUACUGUGGGGACGAUGACUCAUGCAGCACAUACGUUUUAUGCUGAUGAUUGCAUUGUCACCAGACCAGGACCUGAUGGUACUACGAUGUCUUUUUCAUCCCUCGAGGCUAUCAAGAAGCACUACCUUUCCUCUUACUAUGAUGGUACUACAUUCGAUGUUGUCAAUGUCGAUUCUCAGAGUUCGUUGGGAGAUGGGGUAUUCAUCAUGGUUAUAGGUUUCUUGACUGGUAAAGAUAACCUCAAGAGGAAGUUUUCCCAAGCGUUCUAUCUUGCACGUCCGAACGGUGUCUAUGCUGUCGUCAAUGACAUUCAUCGUUUUGUUGAUGAGGAGUCCUCUACUACAAGAGCUCUUCCAGUUGUUGAAUCUGUGCCAGAAGCUACAAAGCCAGUUGAAGAGAUAAAAAACACUGCGCAGGUCCACAAAUCUACCAAGAAGAAGUCUGUUAAAGCUGCUGAGGUUAAGAAGGUGGCUACUCCUGAAAAGGCUGUAACUGCCGAAAAACCUAAAGAGCCAGUUGCUGAAACGUCAGCUACUCCUGCUCUUGAUGGAGCCAAGAAAUCUUAUGCUUCAAUGGUUCUAUCCAUGUCGAGAAACGCUGCUCCUGUCCAAGUUAAAGCAGCCCCGGUUCAGAAACCUAGUACCGUGGCACAACCCAAACCCCAUGUAGCUCCAGCACCUGAAAAGAAGAGUGAACAGAAGAUGGUUGACGAACCAGGGACUUCCAUAUUUGUCUCGAAUCUGCCAAUGGAUGCAAGGCCUCCUCAAGUCUAUGAACUAUUCAAAGGUUUUGGCGCUAUCAAAGGAAAUGGAGUUCAAAUCAGAAGCUCCAGGUUUAGUGGAAGCUGCUUUGCCUUUGUUUCCUUUGAAUCUGUUGCAUCUGUUAAGAGUGUACUUAAGGCUGCCAAGAACAAUCAGUUCAAGCUUGGGGAGCAUAAACUUCGUGUGAAGGAAAAGCAAGUUGAGUAUAAUAGUAGCAAACCGUCUGGUGGGAGAAGUGAAGGUGGAAGCAUGAGUCAGAGUGGUUCUGUAGAUGGACGCAAGACUCCGGCUGGCUCUGUAGAUGGAAGCAAGACUGAGAAUGUAUCUGUAGGAGGCGAAGAAGAUGAUGGCUUCAAGGUGGUCAGAAGCCGUAGGAACAGAAGUGAGAAGAGGAGACAAGAAUAGCCAAGAGAAACAGACAAGAAUAUAUUCCGGCAUUACAGAUUCACAUAUCUUUACUUCUUUAAGUCUUUUCUGUUGUUGCUCAAGUAAAACGGAAAAAAACUUUUUUUUUGUUUUACUCAUAUCAUAAAUCUUCUAUUCUUAAUUAAUUAUAUAACAAAAAACGAUCAAUCACUUUGUUUGGUCUUGUGUCGUAUCAUGACAUGGUGGCUAACCAUGGAGAUGACUACACUCAUCUUAUGGUAAGCCAACGACCAGUCUCAUGACAUGAGAUAUGUGAAAGGUUUUGAUAACUUCCAUAUCAGUACAGUGCUGAUCAUAUGGUCAGUUUAGAAGAUCACUUUUGCAAGAUAUCGUCAUACUGUUGUUGUAUUGGAAGGCAGAAGCAUUGGUAAAUACCCUCUAGGCAUUUCCUUUGGUUCAUUCAUAGCUGUUGCUCGUUCACGAAGUGUAAACAUGUAUGUUGGCCUUUUGACUUUAGUGAGUAGUGGUAAAUAUCCAAUGAUGCUCCAGAUAUUGAUUAAGAAGACAAGGAUUCUUCCAGAGGCUCUAGCACGGGCUAAACAAGGUUUGUUGUUUCAUUCUCUUAUGUUCUACUUUUGCUUUCCUCUGUGCUGAUCCGUGUGUCCAAUGCCUCACUGGAUAUUCGUCUGACCUCGCUAUCUAACUCUGUUGAUUCUGGUAGUAAGCAAAGCUGAUGGUGAAACCACCAAACACGCUAGGAGAGACUAGAGAGAAUGCCCUGUUAGCACUGUUUUCUAUCAAGGUUUGUCUAUCAGUCAAUAAAAGGUUUUCACUGUUGUAAUAUCCUCUUACCCUUUACAAUCUACCAAUCCAAGAUUUUUCUCUCUAUAUAUAUAUAUAGAGAGAUCCCUGUGCUUUCUCAGGAAAGAUUCAAACAUACCUUAGUACACCUUAUAAAUUAUUAUGCAGGUUGGCAAGCUGAAGGAUGCAAUGUCCAAUAAUUAUUUACAACUCGAGGUAAGCUAUGAAAAAUUUAAAGUCUUUCUGAUAUACUAAGCUACUCGGAGUAAAAUCCAAGAACCAGUAGUUAGUAGUGUGUACAUUUCGUGUACUGUUUCCUUGAUAUCAAACAACUCAUUUGUCUCAGGCAAUGAAAGAGUUGGUGCAGUUUGAUCUCAGACAUCAGGUUUAUUCACUGGUUCGCCCAGUGCAACAGGUUAAGCUUCUUCCAGUACAUAUUUGAGAAGAGCAUAAAGUGUUAUUACAUCAUGCCUUGGUUAAGUCCAUAUUCUCCACUCACAUUGUAUCUAUAUCUGAUUUAACCAGCCUAACUUGUAUUGUAAAUGAUCUUAACCUAUUUUUCCUCUACCAGGCUCUUGACGCUGUGUUCCAACACUACAAAGUCGACUUGCAGAGAAGAACCACUUUAACGGAUUAUAUUCCAAAUUUUUCAUUCGAAUAUUCACAUUUCUUAUUAUAGCUAUCAGAAUACUAAAAUAAAAUUAGAUUAUCAGUUUUAGGUUUAAUAAAGUUUCCCUUUGUGAAUACGUGGAAGUAUAUCCUAUGGUUUGUUCCUUUACGAAUCAAUCCUUUUAAGAAUAUAAAUCAUUUAAGAUGAGGUUUAUAUCUAGUCCAGUGUUGCGUCAAUCAACUAUUGUAAUUUGUAAAGAAACAAAGAAUGAUGCACAUCUGUAAUUUGAAAGUAAGUUAGUGGUUAUAAAAAGAAGUAAACGCAUUGCUUGAUAAAGAGAAGAACAAUCAUGCGAAUGUAACACCUCCCUAGUCUUCAGGUUUGGAUUACAAAACCCUUAACACGUCAAAGAUUUUGCUAGAUUUGAUUCCAUUCCCUUCUUCAUCUUAUUCUUACCUACCCUUUUUUCCUUUGAAUAUUUGCCAACACAGCUUAUUUUCCACGAAAUAUUCAUUUUCAAAUAGUUACUAUAGUGGUCUAAUAGUCGUGCCAAGUGUUUAGAAUAAGAAAAUUAAGGAAGUAGAGGCAACGAAAAUCGACAUAUCUUCAGAUUGAAAAAUUGAGUUUUCUAGGAAUAAAAUUUUUUAAAAAUAAUCUUGAUCAAAUUCUCCGAAAAUGAUGGACAUCUCUUGCCAAUAGUCGAAGUUUAACGAUUUGAUCUAGACUCUGUGCAAUAGUUUGUAUGUUGCGAGCAUUAUGUAGCCACUUUAAUCUCAAUGCCAGAACUUUUUUUGGCUUGUACUAUUGACACACUACUCGUAAGUUAUGUGGUACACACUACUCGUAAGUUAUGUGGUUAGACAAAUUUCUAUUAGCGGUACACAUUUACCGAAUCAACACUAGCGUAAAAAAUCGCGUUCUACUAUGAAGAAGAAAAUACAAGUAUUGGGUUUUAGAUAAUUGACACGCGAGGAUCUCACACCCACUUGGGCACGUGUUACUUGUCCGAUGUCUGACAUGCUUCACGUUCCCGCGACAGUUCUUUGAGGGCAUUUUCGUAGUUACCCGGAGAGAUUUCUAGCUCAGCUGUCACAGUGUCACUGGUCUCCUAUAUUUCUGAGCUGGCCGCUUUGGGGACCAUGAUAAUACACUUAUGUAUAUAGGGCUCUUCGUUUCCCUACGUCAUCACCGUCUCCGUCUAGAUGUAUCAUUUACAUGAUUCAUCCAAAUGAAUUGUUUUUUAAAAAUACAUAUUUUACAUUGAAAUGCAUGUAAUAAUGAUAAAUUGUGAAUUCGAAUACAUUAAUUGUGUUCACUGAACUUUGAUUGGUUAGACAUUAUAGAAAAUAGCUAAUCACGAAAACUAAUGCAUUUAUAAUCAAGAAUUUAUGUAUUUUUAUUUUUUUAUUUACAACAAAAGGCUAAAAAAGAACUAAGCAGAUUUCUGAUCGAAGAGCCACCUCGAAGGAAUCAAAUCAACAUAAACCAUAGCAGCAGGCUGAUUUCUAGCACAUCGUGCUAUCUUGUCUGCCAUUAUGUUUUGUGCCCUCGGAAUAUGCAAUUUACGUGUUUUCUUAGUGUGUGAAAAUUCCAAAACAAACAUUAUAUUAAAACGGAGGGAAUAUCAUUGUUUUGAUUUAAUCAUAUUUUAUUUUUGUUUCACUAUAUUAAUUUUCUUAAAGAUAGUCAUUUUAAACUAUUGUUUAUUGAGAAAUAUAAUUUUUUGGUUUUAGCGAAAAAUACAUAUUCACGAUUUAGUUCAAGAAAUUUGAUUUUGCGGUUUUAACGAGGAAAAAAAAAAAUUGUGGUUUUGUUGGAAAGAAUGAAUUUUACGGGUUUGGUGGAAAAAAUGCGAUUUCGUGGUUUUAGUGUGAAAACAUGUUUUUACAAUUUUGGAAUGAAAAAUAAUUUUCGGUUGAGAUAUAUUCAAAAUAAAAAACAAAAUUUAAAUACAAAUUUAAAAACAAACAUAAAGAAAAACACUUAAAUUAAAUAGAAAUUAAUCUAGCAUAUAUCAAAUUAAUCAAAUAACAUUAAAAUUUUAAACCAAGCAUGAAAACAAACAUUGUUUGUAAAUAAUAUGCAUUACCUUAUAUAAAAAGACUUGUUAUUUUCACAAAAAAAAAUUAGGAACUACUUAUUUAUAAAUAAUGAGUAUUUAAUAUAUUUAUUUUUAUUUAUCAUAUCAAUAUAAUUGAGUAUUUGUAAUAUUUAUAUAUAUAUAGUUCAAAUAUUUAUAUAGACUAUUAGUUUUUAAUUUUUCAGGUUAUCCAUUUGGAUUAGGUUCAGAUAAGUUUUAUACUAUUUUAAAAAAUUUUGUUAGGAUAUUUUUAUAUUUCAGAUCGUAUUCGAUUCAUUAGGAUCUCAGUUUUCAGAUUUUAUGUCCAGUCUUAAAAUCACUUACUCUGAGUUAACAUAUAAACGUAUCUGGUACACUUUUGUAAAGACACGUGUCGAAUACACUAUCUUUUGCGGUAAAGACGACACGUUAGUAGCCAGCGAAUAAUAAACAAAAGAUAGCGCUCCUAGAGAGAGAAAGCGAAAGAGAGUAAAAGAAAAAAGUCUCGCCGACCGGCGGAGUGGGCUUCCACAGCCACCGUCGGUCCGGUUUGUUCUUGUUUUUUGGUUUUCGUUUAAGCUUUCUUUCGUCUCGAUUUAGCUGUGUGGGAUUUGUUUUUCGGUGGUUUUCCGGUUCCGGGAGGUGGAGGCUUUGACAGCUCCGCCGCCGCCGGUUUUGUUACCGAGAGGUAGAGGCUUCCACAGCUCUGCCGCGUCGGCUUUUGCUACCGGGAGGCGGUGGCUUUGUCAGUACCGCUGUCGUCGGCUUGUGUUCCCGGUGGGUGGUAGCUCCUCUAGUAUCGCCUUCUUCGGUUUCGUUUUCUUUGGAUCAGUUUUUUAUUCCCUUUCUUCUCGAUCUAUGAGUCGGCGCUUCAAAGUCUCUCUGUCUCUUGAUCUAUCAUCUGAAACCGCUGCAUGGAAGUCGGAGGUGAUGGAUUGAUUGUAGGCGGUUAUUUGCUCGAGUGAUUUCAUAGAUCCGCUUUGGUGUGUGGUUAACCGUUUGGCUUGGGUUUUGGACGAGAUCUCGAUAGGUUAGAUCGAUGGAUGCUCUCCGAGGAAGGUUCUCAAGCGGGGAAGAUCGGCCGGUCUCGUUCUGGUGGCUUGCGGCGCCGGUUACGGUGGCAUGCUUGGAAAACUAGGGUUUCCAUAAGUUUGGGCCGCGUGGGGUUUAAAGUUUAGGCCCGUUUUUUUGUUUAUACUAGUUGGGCCGGAUGCGUGGGCUUUUAUUGUAAUGUUUCUUGGUUGGGCUUGUCCCUUAAUUUUAAUAAACUCAGUUGGGAAAAAAAAAAAGAAAAAGGAGCAAUCAAUAAUAGGGCAAAAAAGGAAGGGGACAAAGAGAUUAAAAACAAUUUAUUUAAAGAUUAAAAACUCUCAAGCCGUACGAAAACGUGUCAACGCGAGGAGCCAUCUGAUCGACACUUGGCUCUUUUUUCUCUCUGCUCUCUUCUGUCCUUUUCAGACAUUGGCUAUUCUCGUCGCUUUCUUUUCAUCUACGUGCCCAACAUUUAUAUAUUCUUUAUAUUUAAAUAAAUAUAUAUAUAGGUGUAAAAGUAUGUGAAUAGUAGAUAUAAACUUUAUUGGAUAAACUGCAUUUCUUCCUUUUUAUUAAUGUUUACGUUUAAAGAAACAUUAUUUCAAAUAUCACUGAUAUUAUAUAUUUUAUUUUAUUAUCGGUAUAAUUAAUAGUAUUUUUAGGAAAAACGAAAACUAUUUUAGUUUAUAAUUACAAUCAUAAACACCACAAUU